GACACCAUCUGAACUACCUGCCUGACAAGUUGUCUCCAACCUUUGCCCGCUUGAAAUGAAAGCGAUCAGCACUCCUCGUGACAGCAGCGCUCGAGGAUCAUCAUCUGGAUAAACUCAGCACGCUUCACUGAAGGGAGUAAAGACCGAAUCAAAGCCCGAGAGCGACUGAAGGACACCAGGAAGUGAAUUAACUCGUGUGAACUCCUCCAGAGUCGCGCGAUUCUCUCGCUUUACUUACAGUAUCAUUUUGAAUGUUGACUUUUACUGCUGAACAAGGUUAUAGGUGAUAUAAAGUGCCUGUGUGUCUUAACAGAAGAAGGUGUGUGAUGAGAUGCCAUCUGAAAAACAUCUUCCUCCUAGCUGCUGGUCUUCUCAUUUUGACCAGGGUCUACAUCUACACGCGGAAAGCAGAAUCGGGAAGCCUCAAGCGGUCACUGACAUGGAUCUGGGAUAAGGAGACUUGGAUGGAAGAUCUUAAAGGCCAUUACCUCCAUUUCAAUGUUUCCAUUAAAGUUUUGGCAGGAGUCUUCCAGCAGUCCAAGAAGUACCUGACGGUGGGCCUCUCGUCUGUGAAGAGGGAAAAGGGCAGUUAUCUUCAGGACACUCUUCAGUCAAUCUUCUCUGCCUCCUCAGAGGAAGAGCUGGAUCAAAUGGUCAUCGUCGUCCUUCUUGCAGACUUUGAUGUGAGCUGGAUCCAACAGACAUUAGAGAAGAUUACAGAUGAAUUCCACACGCGGCUGUCCAAGGGUCAACUUCUGGUCAUCCACGCCAACGAAGACAACUAUCCUCCCCUCACAGGACUGAAGAGGAACUUCAAUGACGCUUCUGACCGUGUGUCCUUCCGUUCGAAGCAAAAUGUGGACUACUCCUAUUUGCUCCAUUUUAGCAGUAAUCUCUCCCAAUACUAUAUCAUGCUGGAGGAUGACGUUAGCUGUUCAAAGAACUUUCUCUCUAGUAUGCGUGAGCACAUCAAUUCCAUGAGCAACUCAAAGUGGGUCACAUUGGAAUUCUCCAAGUUGGGCUACAUCGGAAAACUCUAUCAGUCCAGAGAUCUGCCCAUUCUAGCCCGAUUCCUUUAUAAUUUCUACCAAGAGAUGCCCUGCGACUUCCUGCUGUCGCAUUUUCACAGAUUGUUGACGCAGGAUAAAGUCAUUCGUUUCCGCCCAUCUCUGUUUCAGCACAUGGGCUCUUACUCGUCAUUUAAGGGAACGUUUAAUAAUCUCAAGGAUGAGGACUUUGUUGAAGAAGUUUCUGAUAACCCUCCAGCAGACAUUAGCACGAAUAUUGAAACCUAUGAGACCAAUACAGUCGACAAAGCUUACAGGCAGGGCUUAGAGUAUUUCUGGGGUGUAUCACCUAUUGGCCCAGAAAACUACAUUUUAGUGGCCUUUCACGAACCUGUUCUCAUCUCACGUGUCCAAAUACAUACAGGAUUGGAUGGGAAAGAUGAGCUGGGUUAUGCUGAUGUGGAACUUGGAAAAACGCUGGUGAAAAAGGAGUCGGGGGUGGAGUGCUCCGGAUUUGACAAGCUGGGUUCUCUUCAGAAAGGCCAGUUUAACGAACCAGCAGUCCAGAAACUUGUGCCAGCAACCGUGGCAUGUUUACGAAUCCGAGUCACUGCAGCCCAAACAAGCUGGGCUGUUGUACGCAAGAUCCAGGUUUGGACUGUUAAAGCUGGCCAAACCAUGUGAAAUAUUUCUGGUGUGAAUUCCUUAUUACUCACAAAGGCAUGAAUUCUUUAAAAUAGACACGGUUAGUAAUCUCUGUCUGAGGAUACAAGCGUGAGGGAAUGAUAUUGUUACACUGCAUAAAAUAAUAUGAUAAAUAUUAUUAAAAUAAGAUACAUUUACUUUGGCGUACUAUAUUUUCUUUAGGAAGCUAAAUUUAAAUUACAUUUAUUUGUUCAUAUAACAUAUUUUGUUGUUAAUAAAAGAAAUAAAAUACAAUUAAUACAUUUAAAUAAACCUACUUUUAACUUAGAUUUGUACUUAAAACAAGUUAAAAAAAAACUCUCUCUGGUAAUUUUUUGCAAGGUUUCCCAAGAUUCAUUUUAAAUUUCAUACAAAUACGGUUAGUGAAAAAAGGGUUCAAAAAUGUUUUAAUUUUUAUUUAAGGUAAAGGUUUAAUAAUGUUGCUGGGUGUUUUAUCAUUUUUUUUUUUUUUUUUUUUUUAUUAUUAUUAUUAUUAAAUAUGUCUGUAUAAUGUUUAAGAGAAAUGUUGACUCGACAACCAGCUCAAACAGAGCAUUUUACAGUCAGGUAUUUAAAUUUUCAAACCUUUA